AUGGACAAGCUUUCGAUCACAGAUAUUGCGCUGCUAUAUCGCUAUGCCAGUGAUAUGAAUCAAAUCGAUUUCAAAAAGAAAGAGUUCAUGUCUGACCAAUCUCAGUUGAUCAGAUCAGUCAUUACUGCCAUUGAUCUUGCUGUCAAGAUCUCCCGCGGUGGCAUUUCAAGAGGUCCUCUUCAAGUGAAAGAAAGAAAAGUGGGAGACAUCGAUGCUCUUUGCUUUGUGGCAGUGAGUCGUAUAUUCGCAGAGUGGAGAACGAUUCACCUUGCCUUGGAAGGCAAAGGUUACAGGAGUUACACUACUUCGAUCAACUUUAGUUCUCGGGAUAUGAUCCAGAAUCUCUCCAAGAUUGAGGAUGGAGUACAUCUAUACUUAAAGAAACUAGGAUUGGAGAGAUCAGCUGAAGAUGCAACCAUUCCGACUCCAACGAUUCGACAACUGCUUCAGUUCGAAGCAGAGAGCGGGAUCCACAAGAAAAUGCCUCAACUUGAAGAAAAAUCAGCUGCGUCAGGACUUCUAUGGACAAAAAGGCAAAUAAGUUAUCAAGUCGCAGUUCUCCGAAAUAUGCUUAAUGUCCCUAGCGAGUUUCCGAGAGGAGAAGAUGCUGGGCGGGCUGCGUACAAUGAAGUCUACGCCGAAUACCACAACUGGGCUUUGAGACAAGUCUUCGCUCGAACUUUUGGAUCUGCUCCUCCUGUGGAACAGCUAUUUCUGGCCUUGAAGCUUCCAGACGAUCAUGAGCUUGCUGAUGAUGCAACAACUCCAACUUUGAUGAGUCACCUAUCUGAAGAGGAUUCUUCUAGAGACGGUUCGAAAGAAGGAGAGAACGACGAAAAUGAGUUGCUCAUAGCGUUGGACAACUUUGGCAAGGAUGUGGCCGAGAAAUGGGAGGAUUUCCUUGGUCUAUUCAACUGUAUAGAUGACAAAAAAAAGAAGACCCAUCCAGAUAACAUCCUUCAGCUCAGUGAGAGCUACGUGUCAAUUCAUGAUGAAUAUGAUUAUGAUGCCUUGAAGCCACCCAGUCCAAAGCCACUGGAAACGGCCAAGCAAGCCGUUGGGGAUUUUGUGGAAGACAUGGCACCCUUAUUGAGCGAUUUCGAGUCUCUCAUCAAUAAAUUCAACAUGAACGACCCAUCGCGAGUUUAA